GAGGUAGCCAAAUUCUGAAACCAAUCGCAAGGAGUCGCUGCUAAACAGGACAUGACGCGAAACAUACGCAACUGGGACAGUGAGGCCUACGUAAGGUAUCCUGUGUCAAAACACUGUUUUCCAGGAAGCCCUGUCGAACGAAGGCAUCAGCUGAAAGAUGGUGUUGACGGUACUGACGUUGACGUUUUUAGCGUUCGUCUCUAAAGUGGCUACAGAACACUGUCCUUCAGGGGUGUCCUCCUGGCUCUUGAACUCCACAUUUGGCGACAUGUACGCUGCCUUUGACUGCCCCAGGCCGGAGGACCCACCAGGACACACUCACUGCUGUGGGAUGUACUCGUUUAGAUUCUGCUGUGCGGAGGAAUGUGGCCACUACGACCUUUCCUGCCCGCGACCGGCCCCUAGCUGGCCUGAUAACGACAACACCGAUUCAAAUUCAGGGACUUACGACAGUGGCGACUACUAUGACUCAGGUGAUAGCGGCUCCAGUUUUGCGGCCAGUGGUGGUGGAAUGGCGAUCCUGGCAGUGGCUUUCUUCGCAAUCGUGUGCACUGUGGCGCUGUGCUGUAAAAGUGCCUACAAGAGGGAAGAAGACUUGAGUAGAGCCAUGGGGUCUGACGGGUACGUCGCUACGUACGUUGACGGCACGACGUUGUCAUCACCCGGCCGGGUCAGAGGUCGCUCACAAGCCAACGCCGCGGGAGGUACAGUGGUGCAUCCUACAGUGCACGUGCACCCUCGGUCCUCAGACCAUCAGCCGAACCGUCCGCGUGCAGAGCCGCCCACCCGGGGCUUCCCUCCUUCGGACCAACCUCCGUUCUCCCCUCCUCCCUCAGCCCCACCCACACAGGGCUUCUCGGGACCACCUCCGUUCGCCCCACCACCGUUCGCCCCGCCGUCCGCCCCGCCUACCCAAGACUUCUCUCCCUCGGCACCACCUCCGUUCGCCCCGCCUACUCACUACCAAGCAGGAACGGCUCCACCAAGUUUGGCACAUGGACAGCCGCCAUUCUCUGACGAACCCCCUCCUUAUGACGUAGCUACCAUGUUCCCUACAGUUGAUCCACAGAACCGUUAGUUACACUGACUGAGUGACUGGCAGACACAUUUUCAGCAAAGCAUAUCAAAUUCUUUGCACGUCUUCCGCAGUUUGAAAAUAAUAGUGUAUGCUUGGUUGUAAGAUUACUGUUGGGACACCCCAGGAAUAACUGCUCUUCCCCUAUCAUUGUGUACUAAAUGUAUAUACCAGAGCUACCGCCGAUGUUGCAAAGGGGCCAUACUUCUACAGGGGUUCAUCUCCAGCUGUUUUUGACGGGUUUUUUAAUCGGGUUUUCUAUUUUGUACCGUUUUCUUAAUGUCUCCAAACAGAACAAAAACACAUUAAAAACAGCCGGAGACGAACCUCUGCUUGGAGAGCACCAUACUUCCUCUACUCGUCUACACAUUCUGCAUGCAAUGAUACUCUUGGUUGUGUUUGUAUAUACUGUAAUACAUAUAACGUUAUAUAUUUGUUUCAUAUUUUGUGAGACGGUUCUCCUGUAAAUACGUAUACAUGUCGCAUUAUAUACUCUCUCAGGAAAUAUACAGUACGUGUACGGGACAAGUCGGUAACACAGCUGAGUGGAAUAUUACCUCGAAAUAAUUUAUUUGAACAUCUAACUAGUGUCACACGUGGAUUUUAAUGUGGGUUUCGGUAUACAUAUGUGCCGAUGCGUAAGUAGGGUAGCUGAGGUCUGUUGGUAUCGUUCUGUUUGCCUAAUCUGUAAUGCGCACCAGUCGGCAAUUACUAUUACAGUAGUUGUAUAGAGUAACGCGUAUUGAUACAGAAGCGUCGCCUUACGGACAAAAUUAUUAUUAUACCAUUACUACAAGCGGAAAAUAAUAAUUUCUUUAUAUGUGAUUGCUCAAUUUAAUAAUUAUCAUUGGUAGAGAAUACUACAGAUGUAGGCCAAUGAUAUUGUGUCCAUCAAACUCACCUGUGUACCAUUGGUUAGGUCUGUCCGAUCACAUUAAACCAAAGUCCUGCAUUAGCCA